AAUCCAAGGUUUCCAUCGAAAUAUUGAACGGAAAUAAACCCUCGCGACCGCAUGAUAUUCACAUCGCGGAUCAUCACUGGUUAUUCAUGCAAAGAUGCUGAUAGAAGUAGAGCUCCUCAUCACAUAGGCCUAUGUCAGGAACUCGCAUCUACCUGCUCAUCCCUUUACUUGUACUCUUGCACUCAUCUCUAAAUUCUUAUUACUACGGACUUCAUGGGGUCAUGGCCACCGGCGUUGUUUCUCUGACAGCACGGGGCCCCAUUAUUCUGGAUAUCGUACAUGUCACAUUUUAUCAGUUUUUCGUAGAUAUGUAUGAUUCGAGAAUCUUUCGGCACCCAUAACUAUCCGUAUCAAUUUUAUGCCUCCCUCUGUUCUUCGUUAAUCGCGCAAAAAGCGAGCGCUCUGCUCGCUCU